CGAUUGGCAGGCAACAGUUAACUAUUAACAGUUCACGAACGAUUAAUCAUGGGAUACUUCACGUUUACAUUUCUUAUCUGUUUGGUUGUUAUUCUACCAAGCUUUCCUUGUCAAGGUGCGAUCAGACCAUUCUGGUGGAAACCAAUCAACAAACCGGAACCAACGUUAUUGCCACCAAUUGGCAAGGAUCCCGAGUUUUACAGAAGUAAGUUCAUGAUCACUUACCAUUUGUUAGAGUCAUACCGUUUUCUAUAAGUAAUACAUAUAUAGAUCAAAUUUUAGUUUUUCUUAAUAUCCCCGCGACGACAGCGAAAUAGCAAACAUUUUUUAUUUUAUGAUUUCUUGCAAAUACAUUUCAUUUUUGCAAGAUUUUGUUAAUUUUAAAAGCUUUUUGAGAAAAAAAAGCAGAACAAUCGGCUAAAAGAAGGGAGCAAAGGCGCCAACGUUAAAGAAGAUAAGUUUGUUUUAAAUAUUGAUGCAUUGUUUGCUUUAUAAUUAUAAUUGCUUUAAACUGGCCAAUCGUAUAAUAAAAAAAGACAUGAGCAUAUAAUUUCAGUGCAUCUUUAUUGAUUAUCCUUUCCUAUUAUUUGUUAUUUAAGUUAUUUGCAUGCGAGAACUUGAAAUAAUUUUAUUUCAAACUCAACGUUUAUUGAUGCAGGUUAGUCAUUUAUAAAGAACAUUUUAAAAUGUUUUGCGAAGCGUUUGUGCUUGAAUUUUACCUUAAAUUGAAGCUUUUGUUACGUAUAACAUACCUGUACCUAAUAUAUAUAUAUAUAUGUAGCAUAAGAUAUUAGCAAAACAGUUACGUUCAGAGCAUGCAAAAAUGUUUUAUGAGUAAAUUAUGUUUAAAGGGAAAUGGCAAUAUAUUUUUUUAUUUUCUCAUUUGAAAGAACUUUUGAAACUAUUUAAUAACUUCUUUUAACGAUUCUUCAUAUCUUGCUUAUAGUUUUUGAAAUAAUUUCACUUGAAGUAAUGAGAUGUCAGCCAUCUUGGAUAAAUUUUUGAUCUCAUUAACGGUAGAUUUGGUGACGUCACAAUAGGGAUUAACCAUAUAAAAGUAUUCGUUGCUGACCAAAUAUUGAUUGGUAGAUGUUUUAAAGGUUUCAAGUGAUCUUGAUAUUUCCAAGGGCAUAUACAGUAUAAUUUUGAGUGAAAAAUGAUUGGUGGUUGUCUAGAUAAACAACCUCGUUCCCAGGGCUUUUCCCUUUUUGUCAAAAAUGCCUGGGAACGAGGUUGCUAGAUAAAAAUAUUGCGUGACAACAGGUGGGAAAUUUGUCUGCGCAUGCGCGAAGAAAAUCAAUAUGGCGACAUAUAUUAGGAGUGUUUCGUGAAUUUACCUGGUUUUAAGCUGAUAAAACAACAUUUUAAUAAACGCAAACUUUGUAAUAUUUAGUGGAAAACAUUAAGCUAUGCAUUCUAAAGGUUUUAAAUUGAAAAUAAGUACUUUUGCUUUAUUUUAUUGCUUUUUAUGCUUUGAAAACAGGCAAGCUCAUUUUUUGCAAAAAAUGUUAAAUGUGAUCUAUUAUUUUACCCAUCAUUUAACUUUAAUAUGAACAGAAAUAGAUAGAACACUUGGCUAUAUAAGUUACAAAGGUAUUGUUAGCUGAUCUGAAAAAUUUCAGUAUUCCUGGUACACAUUUUAACAAAGAAUAAAAUGUAAUUUGAAAAAUUAAAUAUGCAUAUCAAAAACAAUAGUUUUUAUUAGAACAACAUAUAAUAAGUUGUUAUUUUCUAUUUUUACAAAAACAAGUUUGGAAACAGGAUCUAGUCCUCCAGCUUGAUGUCAUAUUCCAUUUAUUUGGAUAUUUUAAUAAAGAAUGUGAAAUAAUAAUUUAAUCUUGUGCAAAAUUUGAUACCAACACACAAGUAAACAGAUAUUAUCAUCUAAAAAUAAAAGAAAACAGAAAAUAAAUUUAUCAUCUAAUGCUAUGAAAAAAAUCUUAGAUACUACAGGCAUAUAGUGAGCAUAAUUCUUUAACAAACUCAUUAAAAUAAGUUCAGUUAUGCUAUGAUAAGGGGAUGGCAAUAUAUGACAGCAUCAAAUGUCACCAUAUUCAGUGUCCGAAAAAAGUGCCGCGCGCAUUUUUCAUGGUCGCAUAACUGGUAUUGCCACAAACCCAGGUAAAAAUGCAAUUAAAUUAGAAAAACCUGGUUUUGGAUGAUGAGCAUAGUGAAAUUCUUGACUUAUUCAACUUUCUAAGUUUUUCCGGGUAAACAGAUUCAACAUUGAAAUAAGCCCCAUUCGGGAUCUCAUAUAAACCAAAAUAUUGUGUAUGGACCAGAUUUUUUUCAAUUUUCUGUGAUUUACAUGACACUAGUUAUAAUUUAAGGGUAAACCAGUAUUGUUCAAGACAUAUUUUCCUUCCAGAACACCUUUUCAAAAUACUAACCCAAACAUGUAAAAAAUAGUGCACAUUUACAAGGGCAAUUUCACCCCUUUGGCACAUUUUUCCCAUGAAUGAUUUUAAUUCUAUUAAAAAGACUAUAGAUAAAACUUUGAUUUAAAGCUAGUUUCAAGUGAUGAGCAUACCCUAAUUUUUAAGCUAUACCUCAAGAAGAUAGGUCAUUUCAACAUAAACAUUGAAAUAUGGGUAUACUGACAGCUCUGUCACACUUGUAGUUUGGCAUUAACAGCCCUUUUGAAACAUUUUAAUGAAAAUAUAAUUCACAAAAUUCACAUUUUCACUUACGUCUUAACAUCUGUUUUAAUCCAACUAGCUCUGUGGGCACGAGCAAAAUCUAGUGUUGAUGUAAAUAUCCAUUUAGUUCAUGUUUCCCAGGUGAAAAUAUAGUCUAUUCCAAAGCUGGAUUUCGACGUACUUUAGCUUUUCAGAAACCAUUGGCCUUCCUCAGUAAGAUUAUCAACUGUUUCAUAAACAUAUUUGAUAGUAAACAGCUAAAAUAUUCUCUGAAAGUCUAUAUUUUUCACUCUUCGACGAGAAAAUGGCAACUCGAGAAGAAAUGAGCCGCUAUUUUUGGUCAGCGUCGACAAAUUGCCCACCUGUUUUGCGUGACCCCUUGCGUGACCCCUGUUGUGACGUAGCAUGCAUAUCUACAAAAAUAGGUACGCACUGCGUACAUGUGGCUAGCCUAUUCACUAUUCAGCCUGUCAAAUACAGCUGGAGUUCACAUUGUCAUGAACAUUUAUCACAAACAUUCAUUGUGAUACAAAAUUAAUAAUUACAAUAGAAGAAUGUUCAAAAUAAAACAGAUGAGUAUCUUUCUUACAAUGCCAAGAAAUGGCUACAAUCACUCGAUUUAAAAGCAAUGGUUGGUACUUGCUAGCAAUGGUGCAGCCCGUGCAGCCAAAAAUAUUAUUGAGUCACAAUUUAAUUAAUAAAUGUUUUGCUUUAAUAAUAAACAUAUAUGCAGCAACUAAUGAUGUCACUUUUAUUGUUUUUCAAAAUUUCACUAAUAUGUAAUUCACUAAUUUCACUAAUAUGUAAUUCACUAACAUUUCAUUACAUGGGUUUCUUGUUACAAAUAUAUUCUGGUGUCUGGUUUACAAGUUAUUAGCUUUUCUUGAAACCUUUCAUAAAACCUUUAACCCAUUAAGCUGCAGAGCUUCCCCACUAACGAGUAAAAUCGUCUGGCGACUGGCGUUAGACAAGUAAAAAAAGGUUGGGCGCAAUGGGGCGCAUUGCGGCUCAAUGGGUUAAAUUCAAAGUUCUUCAUUAAUAUAAUAUUUAAUGCUAGAUUUCUUAACAGUUUUUAUUUAUUGUAAUUUAUAAGAUCUAAAAGCAUCGGAAUUUAUAAUGAACUCAUCCAAUCAAUUGGGUCAUUCCAGAAAACAUUCAUACCACCCCCAGGGAGGAAAUUGGAAGUUAACCCCCCUACCCCCUUGUGAUGUCCUAAUACAUUUACUAUUAUCAGAAACAAUUUUGUCUCCCCUCCCCCUCCGGACAGCAGAAAUUUCCUCCGUGGGGGGAGUAUGGAUCUUUUCUGGAAUGACCCAUUAUGUCAUCACCACUAAAACUUUUGUCUGAUAGUUGUAUUGCCCUCAUGAUGAUACUUGCAUAUCAUGAUCUUCCUAUAUUAUCCAAUUUUAUCACCAGUCACCAUAUUAUCAGCAAAUUGUCCAGAAUAUGUGUUCACUUAGUUGUUUGAAGUACUGUAGAUGUCAUGCAUCACUGUGAUUUUGAAUUGGGCUUUUAUCUGUAAAUGGUUCAAAAUUAAGAACCAAAAACAGUGUACUUACUGGCAGAUCACAAAAAUGAAAUAUUGUAAAUGAUGCAGGUAUAAAUUUAAACAACAUUUAACUCUAGCUAUAAAAGUAUGAACAUGCUACUCAAUUGACACUGCUGUUAUUAAAUGCUGAAAAGAAAGGUUGAAACUUGUCGAUAUGACCUCAGCACAUUAUGGCUGUGGGUUUGCUUUUUCAUAUACCCUCUCAACUGCUAGGAUCAGUGUUGUAUAGUGAUUGCACUGAUCUUCAUGAACGUAGCAAAGCAUCUGUCAUUGGGGGAGGGGUGGGGGGUGCCUGAGAAUUUUACCUGAAAUCUGAACUUCAAUGUUAAAAAUCUACCUGAAGUGUAAUAAUUCCACUGUCAUACUAAGUUCUCUAAGAAAAAGGGGUGUGGGGGUCCUCCUCCAGAAAAUGUUUACAUUUUUGAAGCUCCAGAACUGCAUUUCUGGUGUUUUCUAAAACACAUUUACAAACAAAUUGGAUCUAAAUUGACUGUAUCAAAAAUGGUUAUCAUUUCACAAAAAUACCAACUUUAUUAUGCAAAUUUAACCUGAAAUUGUAAAGAUUUAUACUUGAUUUUGUGGGGUUUACACCCCCACACUCCCAUGUCCCUGCUGAUCUUUAUAGAUCAGAUAUUAUUUACAUCUGGACCGGAUAUCCAAAAAUAAACUGCACCCACAGUUGCAUUUUUUGCAGCUGUACCUGGUUAGGUCUUAUAAUGAAUUUAAAUACAUUUUCACUCAAUUAUUUCCACCUAGAAGAUUGAUAUUCAACCCAGAGUGCAUUCCAUGCACGUUUUGUGGAAGAUCUUCGGCGUGAGUUUUGAAUUGUUGGCGCACAAUCACGUCGAGGUUGGCGCACAAUUUUUGAGUUUUGGUGGUUGGCGCAGCAUCAAAUGUUUAAGCGAGAUUUUGAGUGUUAAUAAUCGCCUGGUGAUUGGAUUGGCCUCUAUAAUUCUUUAGGGACUCGAGAAAUUUGUGUUCCUGGUCAGUGUAAUGGCUAUUAAAUGGUGUAAUUAACUUGUGAUACAACAGUAACAACACUCAUAAUUGCUCAUCAGCAAAACAUCUUAUUCAUCAAUUACACGCCUUUUUAGCAAGUUUUAAUUUUGGAAAACUAACUAUUAAUGAAAAAUCACGGUGCCCACGAUCAGCCGGCGCACAAGUUGACCUCACUUGGCGGACGGCAACACUACCUCAGAUUAUCUUCGGUGUGAAGUUUACACGGAAUGCACCCUGGUAUUCAACUGUACAUAAACAGACUGAGCUUCCAUUGCACUGUUUGACACUGUGUGUGAAAUUGUGGUGGGAAACAAUCCUUGAAUCGGCAAUAGAUCUCAAUAAUAUAGCACCCGUUAAUUUGCAGUCGGUGCGAUGCCAGUGACCAUUAAUUUAAAGACUAUAGUAAUAUAAAAUAUACCUGCAGCAAGUGGAUAGGGCAGUUGUAGUAUAAUAUAACAGCAAUGGGCUUGCUUCUUAAUUUACCCACAUAAUGAUAUAUUAAAAUUCAAGAUCUGUGCAAGCACAUUUGAUUAUAAACAGUAUUAUAAACUCACUAUAAAGCUUUAUAUGAAGCGUGAUCAAAAUAUCUUUGACUCAAAGCAGAGUCCAGACUAUAGCAUGCAGACAUGAAUAGCAAUGACAUGACAGAUUCACAAAUUAUAAACAUAAAUAUCGAUUGAAAUAACAAAAAUUAACUUACCGUUUGCUGUGAAAAAUUCCUUCGAGUAUUUCUACCAGCGUUUAUACCAACUGUAAUUUUGCUAAGUGAGGCAUCUCCACUUCCAAUUCUUCCAGUAUUAAAGCUUUUCUGAUGCCAUGAACAUUGAACGACAGUUUCCGAUGUAAAGUCGACAAUCUCCGUCACAACUUCACAUAGUCUUACAAUUUUAGCGUUACAUUGUGGCUAGCCCGCGAACGGGCUAGCCACAAAAAUCCAAGUGGCGGACAUUUCAUUUCUUUCGAUUAAAAUAUUUGUAGAAGUAAGCAAGAUAUGAGAAAACAAUAAAAGAGUUUUAUAUAUGCUUUUUAAUGUUCUUUCAAACCAGAAAAUAAAAAAAAUAUAUUGCCACUUCCCUUUAAGCAAAACGCCGAAACUACUUUGUUUUUACAAGGUUGCAGGAUUUUCACUGUUUGUCAGUAACUGCACAUUUGCUUUGAGCCUUUAAAUUAAAAAACUUAGCCUAAUAUUUCAAAAUCUAUCCCCAUGCAAACAACCCACCGGGCACACGACGUUGUUUCAACGUUGAAAUUUGGUAGAAAAAAGGUUGCGACGUCGACAACCUAAUAUCUACGUUGCUCUGACGUUGUUUUAAAAACAUUGGUUCAACAGCAGCCAACAGACGUCAAUUAACGUUCAUUCAUGGUUAAAUGUACGACGUCGAUUUGUGAACCAAGCUCAACGUUGUUUUAACGUGGAUUCAACGUUGAAUUAUGGUUGACGAGAUUGGCAACCUAAUUUCAACGUUGUUUCAACGUCGAAACAGUAACGUCGAUCCAAUUUGCAUGGUCAACCCUUUUUCAACGUCUAUCCUGGAAGGUCAUUUCCAACGUUGAUUCAACGUUGCCUUGGAUAAACGUCAUUUUGCCCGCUGGGAACAAAUUAGACAGCAAAAAAAAACGUUUUGACGAUGAAAACUUAGUUUUAGCUUUGUUUAUACUUUGUAGUUUGCACUCCUGCUCAAAUUCAACAUGGCGGAUUUAUAAGGGCAUUUUUGUUUUCAAUUUGGACACCGGUCACGUGACCAAGCGCGCAUUCACGUCUAAUAUGUCUAUGAAUAAGACGCAGACCAUCGAAAGAAGCAGGCGAUGUCUGACUUUAAGUUUAACUUAUGUAGAUCCAGAAGACCAAACUAUUAACCUGAUUGGAAAGUUUGGAAAUUGCGCGCCGGAGAUUUCAAAAAUUUAAUAGUAAAUAUAUACAGGGUGUAUAAAAAAAACUGAACAGAUUUGAAAUUGCUCUCAAACAACAUAUAUAUAUAUAUAUAUAUAUAGAUUCCAUGAGUACCCAUAAUGUACAAUAAAGAAAAAAAAUACUCGAACUCAAAUCGUAUAAACCAGGGGGGUGCAUAGCCUCCUCCGCGGACAUCUCUUUAGUUAUUCAAAUAAAUGAUGUUUUUCUGAUUGGGCUAGGUAAGUACCACGAGAUGCCUGCGGAGGAGGCUAGGGGGUGUAAACCAACAAACUAAAAAUGGCCUGCACAAGGCAUUUUGAGUUAAUGGAUCGAAAGUGUGUUGGGUUUUUAAUAACUGCAUGUACUAGAUUUCAGACAGUUUGCUUUAGUUUAAGCCCUUUAACCAUACUUCCCUGAAAAAUUAGCCUCUCGCAUGUUUAAUUAACGCAUUUAAUAUUCUGACAUAUGCAAAUUAGGCAAAGACAUUUUUAAGCAUACAAAAACCUAUUUUUUAGGAAAAAGCGAGUUUGCACAAAUAAUCAAAGAACGUAAACUGAAGCAAAUUAUCUGAAAUUUCGUGCGGCAAUUAAACUGAACACAUGUUUCAUCCAUUAAUUCAAAAUACGUGAAAGCUUUUAAAUCUCGUGCGCAAGCCAUUUUUAGUUUGUUGGAAAAGAAACACACGAGAAUUUUUUUUCAUUAUUCUACAUUAUAAGUACCCGAAGAAGCUAUAUAUAUGAAAAACUGGAUACUAAUAGCUGUUUUGCAAAAAUUUCAAAUCCGUUCAGUUUUUAUACACCCUGUAGAAGGCAUCAAAAUUGCGCGCCCGAUAUCUCCGCCGCACGAUACGAACCUAAAUACAUAAAAUUAUGUACAAAUUAUCCACUUUCCUCCUCGAUAACAAACAGUGAACGUUGUCAUAACAAUAGCAAACUUUUGUAAGCUAUUCCAUAUAGUCGCCAUUUUGAUUUUGAUUUUGAUUUCGUACGAAUUACGUAAUUUUUGCCAAAAAAUUGUCAUUUUGUGGUCUACCAAAGACCAAACCUAAAGUCGGUGGGCACCACAGGUGGCCCCAUCGACUAAUGAAACGGUUAUUGUUAAUAUUGUCAGUCGGUCUUUGUAAGGUUUAGUGUCCUUGCUUUAUUUAGUGCAAAUAUUGGACUUUCAAGAUGGUUUAAUUUUUUUGUUUUCCCAUAUUGAAUUUGCUCAUACGAAUUUCCUUAUACGAAAGAGAUAAGUUAUUAAAUUAGUCCACUCAGAUGCACGAGUUUAUUUUGAAGUCAACCAAUGCAUUUAUGAAUAUUUUAGAGUUACAAAAAGAAAUUCCUCCCAAAAACGAAACGGCAAAAAAGCUGAUUACAAAUAUCCUGCGCAUACGUCCGGGCGGCAAACGAAUGAUGAAAUUACAAGAUUUUGUCAUUGUGAUGGAUGGGUCCUCAUCGAUUCGCCAGUGUGAAUUUAAUAAUGGAAAGAAAGCUAUGCAAAGUCUUUUACAAUACACACAACCCGGAGUCGACGCUAAGUAUGCUAUGGUAACGUUUGCUUCAUCGGUGAGAAGAGAUUUUAAUUUCUUGUCCCAGUCAGACGCAGCAGCUAAAAUUAGUAGUGUCACUUUCCCACGUGGUUAUACAAACACUCAAGGUGGACUUGCCGAGGCAUUUAAUUUGUUCAAAACAGGUAAGGAAGGCAGUAUUUGAGCAACGACUUUAUGUGUACCUGUUGUUGUUGCUAAUGUCUUAUUGUGGCUUUUUUUGUAAAUAAUUGUUGUGCAUGAUGUUUCUACUGUAUUGUUUUUGUCGUUUUAAUUAAUGAUUUAUCUAAUGCUGCUGUUUGUGCAGGUGUAAUUACACUUGUAAAUGCUCUUGCUGUUAUAUAUGAUCGUCCUUUUUGUUGUUCUUGGUGGUGGUGCAGGUAGUGGUGUUGCUAGCUGUAGUUGGUUUUAUUGUUGCUGCUACUGUUUUCAGUUAUAAUUGCUGUAGUUUCCCUGUUGCCGUUGUUUUUCUGUUGCUGUUAUUGUUGCUGCUGCUAUUGUUGUCGUUUUGGUUUUGUUGUUGUUGAUGUUGUAGUCGUCGUGGUCGUUGUCGUUGUUGUUAUUGCCCCUGCUGUUGUUUGUUGUUAUCAAAGUUGUUUUUGCUGUGAUAUUGUUAUUGUUUUUGCUGUGAUAUUGUUAUUGUUUUUGCUGUCAUAUUGUUAUUGUUUUUGCUGUGAUAUUGUUAUUGUUUUUGCUAUUGUUAUUGUUUUUGCUAUUAUUGUUUUUGCUGUGAUAUUGUUUUUGCUGUGAUAUUGUUUUUGCUGUGAUAUUGUUUUUGCUAUUGUUAUUGUUUUUGCCAUUGUUAUUGUUUUUGCUAUUGUUAUUGUUUUUGCUAUUGUUAUUGUUUUUGCUGUUGUUAUUGUUUUUGCUAUUGUUAUUGUUUUUGCUAUUAUUUUUGCUAUUGUUUUUGUUAUUGCUAUUGUUUUUGUUAUUGCUAUUGUUUUUGCUAUUGCUUUUGCUUUUGCUAUUGCUAUUGCUUUUGGUUUUGCUAUUGGUUUUGCUAUUGCUAUUGCUAUUGCUAUUGCUAUUGCUAUUGCUAUUGCUAUUGCUAUUGCUAUUGCUAUUGCUAUUGCUAUUGUUAUUUUUGUUAGUGUUGUUAUACUGCUGCUGCUGUCCCUCCUUUUGUUUUUUGUGUGAAUUUGGUAUCGUUGUUGUCACUGUUGAACUACAGAUGAAAUCUUAUUUUGCAGAAGGCCGCCGUAAUUUUGGCACGCGUAAGGUUGUACUGCUAUUAACAGAUGGUCAAUCCAACAUUCUACCACAUAAGACAAUACCAAAUGCUAAGGCGUUAAAGGAUGCAGGAGUGGAAGUUUUUGUUGUUGCUGUUGGGAAUGAGUACAUCAGCGGAAUCAACGAGAUGGCCCACAUAGCAAAGUUUCCACCAGCCAAAUUCCUGUUUCGCGUGAGAAAAUUCGGGAGCUUUCUAGAUGUCGUUAAGUUGGCAAUCAAAGAAGUAGCCCCAGAUGUAUACGAAAUUGUGAAAAAAUAUAAAUCUACGUGCUCUUAAACAGCUAAACCUUCAUUUUGAAAAGCAAAAAACGUUUAAAAGAAAACAGCUUGUAGCGCUUAUCAUAUAUCAUUACUUUUUCUUCUUGAGCAUUUUUUUGUGACUAUUAUAUAUCUCAGUCAACUUUUUUCUUAAACAUUUGAUUUGAUCUUGUCAUUAUAUAUAUACCAUUAUUUUUCUUCAUUAUUUUUAUCAUUAUAUAUAAUAUUCAACCACAACACCGUUAAAAUAUAUAAGCGACAGUUGCAUGUGCAAUAUCAAACAGACCAUCGCGACGAACACAACAAAACAAAACUGUCCGAAACAGCCACAACGAGCGAAGAAAGCACAUAUAUGCGACUGUAGAAAGAAAGAAGAGUGCCCAGUGUAAAAAAAAUGUUUGGUCGAGUCCAUUGUGUAUCAAGCUACAGUUUCCACCAACGACAAUUAGUUCACCUCAAACAUACGUUGGUCUUACUGAAAACAUGCACUUUUAAAACUAGAUAUUUCAACCACAAAACGUCAUUUACUUUGUACUAGAAAAGGAACUCCACAGAACUUAUAGUAAAUAUGUUUGGCAGUUAAAGCGCAUGAGAGGAAUUGAAUUUCACAUUAAAUGGC